UUCAGCUCCUUUUUCGUUUGAAAGUUAUUCUGAGCUAAGACAUUGCUGUGCAUUCCAUUUUCACUAGGUUUCCAGGAGGUAAAGACAGACAUCUCAAUGGCUGCCAAGGAUGAAGCCCCUUGGGUCCGUCAGUCUCCUGAGCUCUCAGAAGGUGAGAUAAAAGCCACCCAUAAGAGAAGAGAAAAAGUACUGAUGUGUCUGGAAGCACUUGGGAUUCGUUGUGAGCAGGAUAAGGUGCCUAAUAUUGUUGUUCUGGGAUCAGGUGGGGGCCUGCGUGCCAUGAUAGCCAUGCUAGGAACCUUGGUGGAGCUGAAGAAGCAAAAUUUAUUGGAUGCUGUCACGUAUCUGUGUGGGGUGUCAGGAUCCACUUGGUGCAUGUCCCUCCUGUAUGAGAAUCGGAAAUGGUCAGAAAAACUGAUGUCCCUAGAAGAGGAACUGUAUAAAAGCCUCAGUAAUUCCUCCUGGCAUAUUGCAAAAGCAGAAAAGUACUUAGAGGAGGCAUCAAGAGAUGAACUUUACUCACUGACCGACUUCUGGGCUGCCUGUUUUGUAUACCAAAUAGUGCAGCAGUUUGUUGAGAAUGAGCUGGCUGAUCACAAGGAGACCUCAGAGACUGGAAUAAAUCCGUACCCAAUUUAUGCAGCAGUGGACAAAGAAAAACUGAGUGAAAAAGGUGGAAAUUUUCCAGGGACCUGGUUUGAAUUCACUCCCCAUGAGGCUGGAUAUAGUGCCUUGGGUGCUUUUGUGAGUACCAGAUACUUUGGAAGUGAAUUUGAGAAGGGUAAUCUGAAGAAAAAGAAGAAGAAAUGCAUUUGUUAUAUGCAAGGCUUAUGGGGGAGUGCUUUAGGAAGCAUGGAAGAAAUUAUCAAGUUCAUAGGAGGUACUACAUUUUUUGUGUUGCUGGUAUGCUCAAAGGAGUUGUUGCACCAGUGGGAAAGUCUGGAGCAAGGAAGCCCCUUAUCCUUAGGAGCAUGUAAACAAAUUGCAUCAGACACCCUAGGAAGUUUAAUGCAGUUACGGGCCAGCGUCCUCUCCUUUGCGUUCGAUAAAUUCCACUCUGAUGUAACUUUCAUCUUAUCUUUCUUAGAAAGAAACCCAGAUACCGCCAUUGCUUGUCAGUCUCUUCUACUUCUGCUAGACCUUCAGUUGUGUGCUGUAAGUGGGAGUGAUCCUAAGGAAGUCUUCGAGAAACUGAUAAGUGUAUUGUCAGGAGACGGGGGACAAAGUGAAUCCUUGAAACUGUGCAUUGCAAUACGUGAUUCUUGGGCAAAGAAAACAAGGGAGGAAAGAAUGGCGAGCUGUGCUGAGCUGGGCAAACAGAUAGAAAAGGAAUUUGGAGCGUAUUUUGGGAAGGGAAGUUUUCCGGAAGGAGAGUUACCACCAUCCCAAGCAGUCCUCCUAGGCUCAGUGUGGGAUGUCCUUAGGGUGGUGUAUAAAACAGUCCAAUGCGUGCUGACCUGGAAAUGGGGAACAAUUCAUAACUUCUUCUACAAAUGCUCUAACAUGAAGCCCUCUUACCUGGUCGAAAACAAAAUCAUCUCUUUGAUUGAUGCUGGUCUGGCGAUAAAUUCUGCCUAUCCUCUGGUACUUCGAGCCCAGCGGCAAGCAGAUCUGAUCAUCUCCUUUGAUUUCAGCUCUGGAGAUCCUUUUGAGACUAUCAAGAAAACGGCUUCAUACUGCCAGGAGAACCACAUCCCAUUUCCCAAUAUAAAGGAUCAGAAAAUGGAUGAGAACAACCCUUCUGAUUGCUACAUCUUCCGAGGAGACAAGUCAUGCCCCACAGUCAUGCACUUUCCACUCUUCAACAACGUGAAUUGUCCUGGUAAAAUAGAAGAUUACAGAAAACAGUUUUCCACCUUUCAAAUGUCUUUCCCAGGAGAUGCCAUCAAAGAUCUUCUUAAGAAAGCACAGUUGAAUGUAUCCAACAAUAAGGUUAAGAUUCAGAAUGAGAUAAUGCGGCUUGUGGCUUCCUCUCGUACAAAUAAGUUACCAAAGUGAGGGGGUUUUUUCCUUCAGUGCAAGAUGCUGGAUUUAUGAAUCACUCCAAAUGUAAGUUUUAUUUUUUACGAAGAUUUAUGAAGCUCCAAAUGGCUCCAAACUUACCCCACUGCACUGCUCAUUUUGGACGUUUGCUGUGAGUUUUCACACUGUGCUUCCUACAACUAUAACAGAUUUCUCUAUCAUCUUAACUGCUUCUUGAAGUUCCUCUACAGACAAAAGAGCCAAGAAGAUGCUCUUGGGAGUGAAUUAUUUGGCACAUUUUAAAUGUAUUUGUGAGACUAAGAUGGUCUGAGUUUCUGAAGGGCUGAAAAGGCUCCUUUAGAAGUGGCUGAGAUGGACACACUGGUGUUUGCAAAGAAAGCCUGAAACUAACAGCCAAAAAAAUCUAAAAAUAACCACAAGGAAGAAUAAGGGAUGAAGAAGGAGAAGGAGAAAGAGGCUUUCCACAGAAGAGUAGCUCACCAGGCAGCACGACAGAUGAUAAAGAAUUAGAUGAAUCUGUCUUAAAGGGAAAAAAGAGCCACUAUAAUUUGCUUUUGACAAUGGAAGAUGAAUAAUAGAAGAACCAUGAAAGAGAUGAAAAGUCUGAUGGUCAGAGACUUACAAACCGUCCUGGUAAAACUAGGGUGUCUCUGUACAAGAGCAAGAUGUCUGUCUAUACCAACCAAACGUGAACUGAUACCAGCCUCUGAUUUGCUCAUGAUACUGGCUUUUCUAACCUCUUUCUUUAUAUGUAUUUGUUGCUUAUUCUUUUUUUUCCCCCCACAUUUCAUAUAUAUCAGAUUUAAACCUUAUUGUUUAUUAAAUAUGAGCUAUAGCUUGUUCCUAA